AUGCUCGACAUGAGCGAGGCGCGCGCGCAGCCACCCUGCAGCCCGGCGGGCACCGCCAGCUCCAUGUCCCACGUGGAGGAUUCGGACUCCGACACGCCUCCGUCGCCCGCUGGCUCCGAGGGCCUGGGCCGCUCGGCGGGUGCGGGCGGCGGCAGCCGGGGUGACGCGGGCGAGGCGGCGGCGGAUGAGCGCUUCCCAGCUUGCAUCCGAGACGCCGUGUCUCAGGUGCUCAAGGGUUAUGACUGGAGUCUCGUACCCAUGCCGGUGCGCGGCGGCGGUGGCGGUGCUCUCAAGGCCAAGCCGCACGUGAAGCGACCCAUGAACGCCUUCAUGGUGUGGGCGCAGGCUGCGCGCCGCAAGCUGGCCGAUCAGUACCCGCACCUGCACAACGCCGAGCUCAGCAAGACGCUGGGCAAGCUGUGGCGCCUGCUGAGUGAGACUGAGAAGCGUCCCUUCGUGGAGGAGGCAGAGCGGUUGCGGGUCCAACACAAGAAGGAUCACCCCGACUACAAGUAUCAGCCGCGCCGCAGGAAAAGCGUGAAGACCGGCCAGGGUGAAUCAGACUCCGGGGCUGAGCUGGGACACCCCCCGGGCGGCAGCACCAUGUACAAGUCCGAUGCGGGCCUUGGGGACACUCACCAUGGUGACCACACAGGACAGACCCAUGGACCGCCUACCCCACCCACCACCCCCAAGACGGACCUACACCACCCAGGCGGGGGUGGCGGCAAGCAGGAGCCUAGGCUGGAAGGCCGCCGCCUGAUGGAUGGUAGCCGCCAGAACAUCGACUUCAGUAACGUGGACAUCUCGGAGCUGAGCAGUGAGGUCAUCAGCAACAUGGACACCUUUGACGUCCACGAGUUCGACCAGUACCUGCCCCUCAAUGGCCACUCGGCCAUUGCUGCCGAGCCAGGCCAGGUGGCGGCUGGCUCCUACGGGGGUACCUCCUACGCCCAUGUGGGGGCUGCAGGCAUGGGAGCAUCCCCUGUGUGGGCCCACAAGGGAGCCUCGCCCCCCUCAGCCUCACCCACCGAGGCGGGCCCCCCGAGGCCCCACAUCAAGACAGAGCAGCUGAGUCCCAGCCACUAUAGUGACCAGUCCCACGGAAGCUCGCCCAGCCGCACCGAUUUCUCCACCUACAGUGCCCAGGCCUGCGUCAGUACAUCCACGGCUGCUGUAUCUGCGGGCUCCUUCGCUGGCUCGCAGUGUGAUUACACUGACCUCCAGGCCUCCGGCUACUACGGCUCCUACCCUGGCUACCCGUCCGGCCUGUACCAGUAUCCCUACUUCCACUCAUCCCGCCGGCCCUAUGCCUCACCCCUGCUCAAUGGCCUAUCCAUGCCGGCUGCCCACAGCCCCACCAGUAACUGGGACCAGCCUGUGUACACUACGCUGACCCGCCCCUGA